GGGCAGGCGGCGGGCGCGGCGGUGCGGGGCGGAGCUGCCCGCCGCUAUGGAGCCCGACUCGGUGAUCGAGGACAAGACCAUCGAGCUGAUGACAAGUCUGAGAAGGAAAACCCAUUCGAAUCCCCUUUCAUUGUGGAUUGGUGGAUCUGAAGCCCAGAAACAAAGUUUCAGUGUUCUGUGCCAAGGUCUUUGUGGCUAGGCUGCUCCAACCUGGUAGAGAGCAUGUGCGCACUGAGAUGCCUGCAGAGCAUGCCCAGUGUCAGAUGUCUCCAGAACACAUCAGUAAUGGAGGAUCAGAAUGAAGAUGAGUCUCCAAAGAAAAAUACCCUGUGGCAGAUAAGUAAUGGAACUUCAUCUGUGAUUGUCUCAAGAAAAAGACCAUCGGAAGGAAACUACGAAAAGGAAAAAGACUUGUGUAUUAAAUAUUUUGACCAGUGGUCUGAAUCAGAUCAAGUUGAAUUUGUGGAACACCUUAUUUCACGAAUGUGUCACUAUCAGCAUGGACAUAUUAACUCUUACUUGAAGCCCAUGUUACAACGGGACUUCAUCACUGCAUUACCAGAGCAAGGCUUAGAUCACAUAGCAGAAAACAUCCUUUCCUAUCUUGAUGCCAGAUCACUCUGUGCAGCAGAGCUGGUAUGUAAGGAAUGGCAGAGAGUCAUCUCUGAAGGAAUGCUAUGGAAAAAAUUGAUUGAAAGAAUGGUACGCACAGAUCCGCUAUGGAAGGGACUGUCAGAAAGAAGGGGUUGGGAUCAGUACCUGUUUAAAAACAGACCAACAGACGGCCCUCCAAAUUCAUUUUACAGGUCCUUAUACCCAAAGAUAAUACAGGAUAUAGAGACUAUAGAAUCUAACUGGCGAUGUGGGAGACACAAUUUGCAAAGGAUUCAGUGCCGCUCUGAGAACAGCAAAGGUGUCUACUGUUUACAGUAUGAUGAUGAAAAGAUCAUCAGUGGCCUACGAGAUAACUCCAUUAAGAUCUGGGACAAAACAAGCCUGGAAUGUUUGAAGGUAUUAACAGGACAUACGGGCUCAGUUCUUUGUCUGCAGUAUGAUGAAAGAGUCAUUGUAACUGGAUCUUCAGAUUCUACAGUGAGAGUUUGGGAUGUAAAUACAGGUGAAGUCCUGAACACGUUGAUUCAUCACAAUGAAGCAGUACUUCAUUUGAGGUUCAGCAACGGCUUAAUGGUGACAUGCUCAAAGGACAGAUCAAUUGCUGUUUGGGAUAUGGCAUCACCUACUGACAUCACCCUGCGCCGUGUUUUAGUUGGCCAUCGUGCUGCUGUUAACGUGGUAGACUUCGAUGACAAGUAUAUUGUGUCAGCAUCAGGUGACAGGACCAUUAAAGUGUGGAGUACAAGUACGUGUGAGUUUGUUCGUACUCUGAAUGGGCACAAGCGUGGCAUUGCAUGCCUCCAGUACAGGGAUCGACUAGUUGUCAGUGGAUCUUCAGAUAAUACUAUUAGGCUAUGGGACAUUGAAUGUGGUGCCUGUUUAAGAGUAUUAGAAGGCCAUGAAGAACUGGUUCGAUGCAUCAGGUUCGACAACAAGAGGAUUGUUAGUGGAGCCUAUGAUGGCAAAAUUAAAGUUUGGGACUUGCAAGCUGCUCUUGACCCUCGUGCCCCAGCAAGUACAUUAUGCUUGCGUACAUUAGUGGAACAUUCAGGACGUGUCUUUAGACUCCAGUUUGAUGAAUUUCAGAUCAUCAGUAGUUCCCAUGAUGACACAAUUCUGAUUUGGGAUUUCUUAAAUGUGCCACCGAGUGCCCAGAAUGAGACCCGCUCUCCAUCCAGAACAUACACUUACAUCUCCAGAUAACAGUCUGCACUUUACUACCCUCAGAAGGGUUUCACAGUCUUGAACUACUGGAUUUUUGGCGACUACAUGCCUGAAGAUGUUGGCUGACAGCUAAAGUCAGAAUUGGUUCUAGAUGCUGUGUAGAUGCAAAGCAGCACAAUUCUAUAUCUAAAUUUCUUAAUCUUUCCUGCUCUCAGUGGUCAUCUCUGAAUUUACUACAAAUUCACUGACUUGGAGUAGAUGAAUUUCAGAAGCCUGUCCUUCCCUGCAGUGAGAAAUCCAAAGCUUCACAUGUAAAGUGUCUGUAGAAACUGAACUCCGAUGGCUUGUUUUUCAGAAAUAAAUCAGAAGUCAAGAAAGGACUUGGCCUAAUUUA